AUGGCUGCUACAGGUGCUUCCCAACCGACCAACGAGGCGAUAUGCGUCGAUCGGAUCACUCAAGAGGGCAAGAAGAUCACAUACCAGCUGAAGGUUAUGCAACAGCCCGAACGUGCGAGAGCUUGUGGUGCAGGUGCCAAGUCCUCUGCGGACCGUCGUCCUGUUGAUCCUCCCCCGGUUGUCGAGAUGCUUAUCUUCGAGUCCGAUCCCCACGAUGACAGCCAUAAAACCGACAUUACCUUUCGCUACAACGCCAAUUUCUUCCUGUUUGCAACGUUGGAAACCGCUCGCCCAAUUGCACAAGGGCGGCUUCCGUCCCCUCCUAGCUGCCCUGCCCUAACAGGUGUGCCGGUCGCCGGCGUGGCAUAUCUCGAUCGCCCUUCGCAAGCUGGCUACUUUAUCUUCCCCGAUCUCUCGGUCAGACAUGAGGGUGUCUAUCGCCUGAGUUUCCACCUAUUCGAACAAACCAAGGAUCCUAAGGAUGCCACUGAAGGAACACCCGCGCCUUUGCCGCCAGUCCCAGGAAAGUUGUCGGCCCCGCAACAGUUUCUAGACUUUCGUCUGGAAGUAAAAACUCUUCCAUUCACUGUGUACAGUGCGAAGAAGUUCCCUGGUUUGACGACGAGCACGCAGCUCAGUCGCCUUAUCGCAGAGCAAGGAUGCCGCGUCCGUAUCCGCCGUGAUGUGCGAAUGAGGCGUCGUGGAGACAAGAGAACCGAUGAUUACGAUUAUGAUGAUGACAGGGGCUACAACAGUCGACACACACCAGACGCUUUCCCUCCAGAGAGACCACGCUCGACCAGCAUCAGCACUGUCGACCACUCCUACGCCUAUCAGUCACAGCGCCGUCCAUCAGGACCGGAGUAUGGCCCUCGAAGUCACCAACCAUACCAGCGUCCGAUUCCCGCUCCAGCCGCAUCAUCUACCCCGAUUCCUCCACCAGCUGCAAUCCCAACUCCUGUCGCUGCGCCCCCGUCAACACCCUCGCCUUCCUCUGUUGCCGCUCCUCCCGCUCCCCCGCCACUGCACACACCCUCCUAUCAGUCCCAUCUGUCAUUCGGUUCGACUCAGAUCCAAUACCCAGCUCCUCCGCUGUCUCAUACGCCACAGCCGACGACCACACCAACACACAGGUAUUCUCCCCGCCCAUCGAUCUCGCAUGAAAGAAAUCCGUCGUCAGGCACAGAAUAUGAGCCUUCUCCGUCAACCUACACCUAUUCCCAUUCACGCCACACUGUUGAACGACCGAGCUAUUUGAAAUCGACGACAUCUCUACCACCAUUACGCCUUCCUGAAGAACAACACCACCCAGAGCACGGAGUUCCUCGAUCUCAAACCCCAUCCAAUAUGGUUACGUCACUUCCUCCACUCAAAUCUCUUUCCGCGUACAAUUCCGUACCUUCCCAACCAUCUAGCAGUAUUGGAUCCAGCCCAGGCAAUGACUACAGCUCCGGAAAAGGCCUUCCCGAAAUCAACCAAAAGGUCUCGAAGCGGACGCACGAAGAGACUUUCGGCCAUGAUGACCGGCCACUUUAUAAUGGCAUGCGGCCUGAUAGUGAAGUGUACUAA